AUGGGUGGCCUUAACCUCGAAGUGUUCAAGUUUGGCACGUAUCUCAUGUUUCCUAUUGGAAUCAUGUUCUACUUCGGAACCAACCUCGAUAACCGCUUCGCCGUCCCUGGAUUCUGGCCCAGGCCCGAGGAGUGCAACAAAAUCCCCAAGGACCGAGACGAGAUCAAGGCCGAGUACGAACGCAUUGUCGCGCGCCAAAAGCUGCGACAAGCCCGAAAGCUCGAAGAGGAGCGUCAACGAGCGGCGCAGCACCCUAGCAAUGACAGCAACGACUCUUGA